UUAUGUGCUUCUGUAUUAACUGGAAAAGACAGACUCUGGAACUUUUACAGGGCGAGAAGAGGCCACCGGCUCGCGCUUUGUAUACUUUGCACUUGAAAUCGUUACAUUCAACUGAAUAUUUGGCUCAUUCAGAUCCGAAAAGUCUCCUAGCAUCAUCGAAUUCCCUCCUCCGCCCCUCAGCUGAAAGGAGGGAGGUGGGGGGGGGGAAGGUAGGAAAAUGUUUAGUAAAUUGCACAUCUUUGAAUCUUCCUAAAGCAGUGGUCACAAAGCUUAAAGGUGACACAACAGUGCUCACGUAAAGCCAACACACAUUCCCCACCCCCCAAGCCAACAAUAAAAUCAUCCCCUUCAAUUUGCCAUGAUCGUCGCGACCAGGAGCCAGGUGAUUAUCCUAAUUAAUGUCUAUCUAAUUAAAUUACUGUCAGCAGUUAACCAAUGGCAGGAGCCGUUUCAUCGGCUGCACAAGCAGCAAGAUCAAAAGUGAGCCUUUUCUGAUUGCUGCAUAGUGUCAAUUGGCCAAUCUCUUCUCCCAGGGAAAAAAAAAAGUAAAUCAAACCUUUGAGAAGCAUUUGCUGGUUGAAGUGCUUUCUGUCUAGUGAGGGGGUCUGUGGAUUUCUAGUUUAUGAUAAAUAGGACUUUAAAAACCAGGGACAGGAGGGCGAGUGUUCAGGUUCUAGAGCUAUGCAGCUGGAGCACUGCCUUUCUCCUUCUAUCAUGCUCUCCAAGAAAUUUCUCAAUGUGAGCAGCAGCUACCCACAUUCAGGCGGAUCUGAGCUUGUCUUGCACGAUCAUCCCAUUAUCUCGACCACUGACAACCUGGAGAGAAGUUCACCUUUGAAAAAAAUUACCAGGGGGAUGACGAAUCAGUCAGAUACAGACAAUUUUCCUGACUCCAAGGACUCACCAGGGGACGUCCAGAGAAGUAAACUCUCUCCUGUCUUGGACGGGGUCUCUGAGCUUCGUCACAGUUUCGAUGGCUCUGCUGCAGAUCGCUACCUCCUCUCUCAGUCCAGCCAGCCACAGUCUGCGGCCACUGCUCCCAGUGCCAUGUUCCCGUACCCCGGCCAGCACGGACCGGCGCACCCCGCCUUCUCCAUCGGCAGCCCCAGCCGCUACAUGGCCCACCACCCGGUCAUCACCAACGGAGCCUACAACAGCCUCCUGUCCAACUCCUCACCGCAGGGCUACCCCGCGGCCGGCUACCCCUACCCACAGCAGUACAGCCACUCCUACCAAGGAGCCCCUUUCUACCAGUUCUCUUCCACACAGCCCGGACUGGUACCCGGCAAAGCUCAGGUGUACCUGUGCAACAGGCCCCUCUGGCUGAAAUUUCACCGCCACCAAACGGAGAUGAUCAUCACCAAACAAGGAAGGCGCAUGUUUCCUUUUUUAAGUUUUAACAUUUCUGGUCUCGAUCCCACGGCUCAUUACAAUAUUUUUGUGGAUGUGAUUUUGGCGGAUCCCAAUCACUGGAGGUUUCAAGGAGGCAAAUGGGUUCCUUGCGGCAAAGCGGACACCAAUGUGCAAGGAAAUCGGGUCUAUAUGCAUCCGGAUUCCCCCAACACGGGGGCUCAUUGGAUGCGCCAAGAAAUCUCUUUUGGAAAAUUAAAACUUACAAACAACAAAGGAGCUUCAAACAACAAUGGGCAGAUGGUGGUUUUACAGUCCUUGCAUAAGUACCAGCCCCGCCUGCAUGUGGUGGAAGUGAACGAGGACGGCACGGAGGACACCAGCCAGCCCGGCCGCGUGCAGACGUUCACUUUCCCCGAGACUCAGUUCAUCGCCGUCACCGCCUACCAGAACACCGAUAUUACACAAUUGAAAAUAGAUCACAACCCCUUUGCAAAAGGAUUUCGGGAUAAUUAUGACACGAUCUACACUGGCUGCGACAUGGACCGCCUGACCCCCUCGCCCAACGACUCCCCGCGCUCGCAGAUUGUGCCCGGGGCCCGCUACGCUAUGGCCGGUUCUUUCCUGCAGGACCAGUUCGUGAGCAACUACGCCAAGGCCCGCUUCCACCCCGGUGCGGGCGCGGGCCCCGGGCCGGGCACGGACCGCAGUGUGCCGCACACCAACGGGCUGCUGUCGCCGCAGCAGGCCGAGGACCCGGGCGCGCCGUCGCCGCAGCGCUGGUUUGUGACACCGGCCAACAACCGGCUGGACUUCGCCGCUUCGGCCUACGACACAGCCACGGACUUCGCGGGCAACGCGGCCACGCUGCUCUCGUACGCGGCCGCGGGCGUGAAGGCGCUGCCGCUGCAGGCGGCGGGCUGCACCGGCCGUCCGCUCGGCUACUACGCCGACCCGUCCGGCUGGGGCGCGCGCAGCCCCCCGCAGUACUGCGGCGCCAAGUCGGGCUCGGUGCUGCCCUGCUGGCCCAACAGCGCCGCGGCCGCCGCCCGCAUGGCGGGCGCCAACCCCUAUUUGGGCGAGGAGGCCGAGGGCCUGGCCGCCGAGCGCUCGCCGCUGCCGCCCGGCGCCGCCGAGGACGCCAAGCCCAAGGACCUGUCCGACUCCAGCUGGAUCGAGACGCCCUCCUCCAUCAAGUCCAUCGACUCGAGCGACUCGGGGAUUUACGAGCAGGCCAAGCGGAGGCGGAUCUCACCCGCCGACACGCCGGUGUCCGAGAGCUCGUCGCCGCUCAAGAGCGAGGUGCUGGCCCAGCGGGACUGCGAGAAGAACUGCGCCAAGGACAUAGGCGGCUACUACGGCUUCUACUCGCACAGCUAGGCCGGCCCUGCCCGCCCGGCCCCGCGCCCCGCCGCGGCCCGGCCCCCUCCCGCCUCCCACCCCCAGCCAGCCCCUCGCAGCUCU